ACGCGUGGAACGACGUUGUGACGUGAGCGACUGCUUUUCCAGCAUUCGGAUCAAGCAGUCAUUGAACGACUGCAAUCCAUUGCGGAGGACUUCUUUCUACGGGGGUCGUUCGAAGAUUGUUGGAAAUCUUCGGAGCGCUAACUGUAUAAAAUUGAGUCAUGAUGUCGAAGCAGAAAGCCCCAGAGACCAUGUCCAAAGCGGUUCUGGCUAUUGAAAUAGUGGUCAGAAUCGUGAUCCUAGUGAUAGUUUUGGCGCUGGAACACGCGGAGCCGUUCGAGCGUAAAAUACACCUCGAGGAAAGUUGGUUGUACAUGAACCCAAAAACAGACAGUUAUGUCUCGACGGGAUUACUAUUCUUCCUGGCGUUGGUCACGCCAUCUGUCUGUAUAGUGACUAUAAACUCCUUGUUUGAAUGCAAUAGAUCUGAUGUGAGCGCCGCGCACAUGGGUUAUAUUUUGGCGCUCGGACUCUCAGCGAUUUUGACGGACAGCCUGAAAGUCAUCGUGGGGAGACCGAGACCCGACUUCUUCUUCCGGUGUUUUCCCUCUGGUGAGGGGAACUUCUCGAUGCCUUGCACCGGAUCGCCGCGUAGUGUAAGAGAAGGCAGGAAGAGUUUUCCCUCAGGACACUCUUCCAUAGCGUUCUCUUCGUUCACAUUCCUGAGUUUGUAUCUCCUCGCUAAAUUAGAGGCUCUGAACUCUACGUCCAGACGUCUGAGAACGCAUCGCGUCCUGCUAGGCGGACUGCCUCUGUACGCGGCUCUUCUUAUUGCUCUAAGCCGAACUUGUGACUACCAUCACCAUUGGCAGGACGUUCUCGUGGGAAGUAUAAUCGGUCUGGUCAUAGGAUACUUAUGCUACAGACAGCAAUAUCCAUCGGUCUUCGACACGGAUGCCGCGACUCCCCUGGCGGAAUUCCCGGCUCUCGGCCUCAAUUUCCCCGACAGACUCAAAGAAAUGAAAUCAGGAACGAGCCAGACGAUAAAGCCACUGCAGAAGUGGAUCUGAGUUUCUAGACCUGUUCGAACUGAGGACUCGGGGUUGUACUCCGCAAGUAACCACGAAACGUCCUCAAGCGGUGACUGAGGGUGCCUGACCCGGGUCAAACUUCCAGGAAUCUCGCACAAUUGAAUGCGCACCAUGGACCGAAUAAACUGGGAUCAUU